AUGGACGCCCUCACCCGCCUCCACCGGUCGCUCGCCGGCGGCGACGACGAGGAGUGGCAGGAGGACGACAUCCUCGGUGAUACCGAAGGCCUCUGCUCUCUGUCCCCUCUCCAGCGGCUCUACGCCUUCGCGGCUUGCUUGGUUGCUGGACUCGCCCUCAUGAUGCUGUCACUUAUUGUUUUCGCCAGACCUAUCAAAUUUGCUCUGUUGUUUACAUUUGGAAACAUAAUGGCAGUUGGCAGCACAGUCUUCGUAAUGGGGGUAAAUAAACAAUUGAGGAUGAUGCUUGACCCAGUUCGUGUUUACGCAACGGCUAUUUAUGCUGGAUGUGCUGUUUUUGCUCUGAUUUUCGCUCUUUUGAUUCAUGACAAGCUGCUAACAUUGAUUGCAAUCAUAUGUGAGAUAUGUGCGCUCUUCUGGAAUCAUUUUCAGCUUGUCCUCAUUUUUUUCGUUUUGUCUUAUGUAUACCUCUUCACCCUAGUUAUUCAAGUCAUUGUAUAUGUGUACUUGGUACUGAAGCGAUCGCAACUUAAACCAGUUUGCAGUGUGUGUUGCUGUUUGAAUCCUCUGGAUGUAGUAGACUGGAGCUUGGAGAUUAUUCGAAUUUCUGUUGCGUCAGAUGUGUUUGGGGUAAGAACUGGUUUGAAAUCUGAAUACUCUCGUCAUGUUGUUUGGUGCAGGUAUGAGCCGGACAUCUGGACGGAGGUGGCCAAGCACCUGCACGGCGCUGACCUGCUGAGGCUCUCCGCCACCUGCCUCUGGUUCUUCCGCCUCCUCUACGAGGACUCCAUCUGGCGCUACGCCUUCCUCCGCGACCUCUCGCUCCGCACCAACGAUCCCAAGAUGCUCAGGCUCCUCCACGUUCCCCGCCCGUUCCACCGCUCCUGGCGCCUCCUCUACGCCACCGCCUUCGAGUGGUUUCGCAUUGGUGGAUUCCUGAUGGACACGCCGAAGCUGCUGCUGACGGCCAAGCUGGCACUGCCACCGUGGAGGCCGAUCCUGGAUGAUGGCCCGGAGAUCUCCAUCGGAUUCAUGGGAGCCUGCUUGCUCACCAAUGUCCGCCCCGGCAUCUGGAUCGCUGACAUGAACAUGGUGCGAUGCCCCGUGUGCAACCUCAACAAGUGCGAAGGGACGAUGCAGGUUCUGGAUGCGCGGCACUGCGAGCUGUACCUGGAGAACAAGUUCAGGGAUGGGACCUGGGAGUACGAGGACCUUGGCAGUCACUUCAGCAAUGGGAAGCUGGAUACUGCCGCCGCUGCCAUCUUCAACUACGACUACAUCGAUUCCCCAUGCAUCAAAAGUUUGUUCCUGAACUAUUCAUCCAUUCCAGCACUUCAUUACUCGUAUAUUCUCAAUUCCAAGUCUUGGAUCCGGGAUCGCACCAACCUGCUGCCAAAGGGAUGCUUCACCCCGGUCGCUGUCGCCCUCAGCAGCAACCUCAAGCCCAACGAAGGGUUGCUGUCGAGGUUCCAGGCGAUGCGGGACAUGUCGAGGGGCGGGCAGAUCGUAUCUGUCAGGAUCACGCAGCAGCUCCUGUGA